AGAAAAUGAGUGACCAGAAGGAGAUUACGAGUGUGAUAAUGGAGAGAAAAUCUUCGAGCGAAGCUAGUAUUUUGAGUAUUAUUCUUAAUGCGGCUAAAAAGGCAUCUAUAGUGGGCAUAGUAUACUUAGCAGGUUAUAUGCAAUGGUCUGUGGCGUGGUUUAUAGGUCCCAUAGUCCUCUUUGUAAUGAGGGAUCAAUGGAAAAAAUCUAGCGACAGUAGAAGAGCUAUAGCUAAAAGUACGGCGCUAAGCAGCGAAAAGGAUGUAGUGCUAGCCAGAUUGAACGAUUUGCCAGCUUGGGUGUUUUUCCCAGAUAUUGAGAGAGCUGAAUGGUUGAACAGAAUCAUAAAACAAGUAUGGCCCAAUGUUAAUCAUUUUGUCAGAGAAAUGGUCAGAGAUUCCAUUCAACCUAUAUUGAGAGAGAGUUGUGAGAAAUACAACUUGAAGGGUUUCAAAUUUGAACGAAUCAUUUUAGGAACCGUGCCUUUUCGUGUUGGUGGAGUGAAAGUAUAUGACAAAAAUAUCGAUAGAAAUGAAAUAGUCAUGGAUUUGGAUAUUUUUUAUGCAGGAGAUUGUGAUAUCACUUUCCAUCUUUCUGGUAUGAAAGGAGGAAUUCGAGAUUUCCAAUUACACGGUAUGCUCAGAAUUGUGAUGAAACCGCUGAUCACUUCAAUACCACUGGUAGGCGGCCUUCAGGUGUUUUUCUUGAACAAUCCGGACAUAGAUUUUGACCUUGUAGGCAUCGCUGACCUUCUGGAUUUGCCUGGAUUAAGUGAUAUUUUGCGUCGAAUAGUAAUAGAAACGGUAGCUUCGAUGAUGGUGUUGCCUAAUAAAUUUCCCAUUAAAUUAAGUGAUGAAAUUGAAGCAGUUGAGUUGAAGGCACCAGAACCAGAGGGUGUUUUGAGAGUUCACGUGUUCGAAGCUCGACAUCUGAUGAAAAAAGACAUCAGCAUGUUGGGAAAAGGAAAAUCCGAUCCAUAUGCCGUCAUCACUGUGGGGGCCCAAGAAUUUAAAACGAAAGUUAUCGAUAAUAAUGUUGAUCCCAAGUGGGACUAUUGGUGCGAAUUUCAAAUACUUGAAUCUAACGGACAACAACUAUAUAUUCAUGUGUGGGACAAAGAUGAUACAGGGGAUGACGAAAACCUUGGAAGAGCCACCAUUGAGGUUUCUAACAUCGUCAAAAAAGGAAGCGAUGAUAUAUGGGUGACUCUAGAACAAGUCAAACAUGGAAUGGUACAUCUCAGACUGACUUGGUUGUCCCUAAGUAAAAAGUACUCAGAUUUGGAUGCUAUUAUAAAUGAAACGCAAUUACUAAGAGCCUCAAAUUUGAACACAGCAUUGGUGACCGUAUUUUUAGACUCUUGCAAAAAUUUACCACAAGCAAGAAUGUCGACUAAACCCGACCCGUACGCAAUUUUGAGAAUCGGGAAAACCUCACAACAAACCAAAGUACUAAUGCGCACUAUCCAUCCCGUGUGGGAAGAAGGUUUCACCUUUUUGACAUCCAAUCCUGAAAAUGACUUGCUCUUCCUGAGCAUCAUGGAUCAAAAAACCAACACCGAAAUCGGCCAGCUGAACUUCAAGCUCAAAACCAUAGUGAACAAAAACAACUUAGAGAUCAAGAAGGAGCCAUUCUCCUUGUUGAAGUCUGGACCGGAUAGCAAAGUUGUGUGGUCCAUGCACCUGAGAAUACUGAAAAGGACUGGGCCUACAUUUCAAGAACUCAUCGUUGGCGAAGAAGCAAGACCACUCAAUAGAACCGAUUCAAAUAUAUCCAAAGCCUCUUUGAAUGUUGCAGGUGCGGCGAGAAAUGAAGCCCAGUUUCAGCUGAACGAGGAAUCAGCUUCGAUCCAAAGUGAAGAAACUCCCCCAGUUGAAGAUCUCAUUGAAGAUUCUUCCAUCUCGCUUCUCAACAAUGUACCACCUUCAGAAAACUCUGAGUUUCUUCUGCAUCGAACACCCAGUGUAACAUCGUCUGCUGGAGAAGCUGGCUUAGGUAGGAUUCAAUUGACCCUUAGAUACAGCAUCCAAAGACAACGACUAAUUGUUGCAGUGCACAAAAUAAUGAAUAUACCACUGAAGGAUCCCUCGAAUAUACCGGAUCCUUAUGUCAAAUUGUAUUUGUUGCCAGAGAGAGCUAGGGAUACCAAACGAAAAACACAGGUUAUCAAAGACAAUUGCAAUCCAAUUUUUGAUGAGACUUUCGAAUAUGUACUGAGUGAAGGGGAAGUAGGAUCCAAACAAUUGGAAGUUACUGUCGGUACCCAGAAGCAACUGUUUUAUACGAGCAGUAAUGUUUUAGGACAGGUUAUUAUUGACUUGGGACUACUGAAUUUAACGCAACCUUACAAUGUUUGGUUUGACUUGCAACCGGAAUCUGAAUAAUUUGUAUUUUCGAAAUAUUUUUGAAUAUGUGUUCUGGUCUUUGUCUCUCUCAAUUUUUAAACUGUAUUUAAUCCUCUAUUUUUCUGUGAAAGGUCGCUGGAUCAUUGAAUGAUCAACGAUUUGCUGCUAUUUUUUGGAAUUGCAUAGGCUUUUUUAUAUUCUGUACUUAAUUUAGCUGAAAAAAUAUAGGUAUCUAUUUUUCAAAUGCAUAUUAUUUACAAAUAUGUGCCCAAACUAUAUUGAUGUUGAAUAAAAUACGAUUUUAAAUUUUAUUCUGUCUAAUUUCAUUGUUAAGUAUGUAAAAAGCUUCAAUAUCGGAGCAUUUUCAUCGCAGUUACAUUUGAGGAAGUUUUAAUCAAAAUAUGGCGUAUAUACCGAAAUUGAAUUUAUAAUGGACGCAAAUUGCUAGU